ACCCUUUCUAUCUGACUAACUUCCUUCCGCUCUUAGAGCAAAAGCUACCAAUUUCUUCAUCUUCUUCUUCUUCAUCUUCAUCCUACAUUUAUCUGCUGAGAUGAAUAAAGUAUACCUUAUCUUUAUCUUAUCUUUUCUGAUUGAAUUAAAAAGGAAGAGAUGGAUACCACUGGACCCCCAAUAGGGCUCACAGGUGGACAUCCACUAAUAAACACACCCCAUAUCACGGCCCGAGACAAAUAAAAUAAGGACCGUCGGAGACCGUGAUGGGUUUGAGAGUUGCAGAAGGUCAUGACCUGCGUAACGGACAUUUGUUAUCUGGUUGUCGUGGAUUGUAGCUUACCCACGGUUUGAGUCCCAGGCCUCCGGGGGCCACACCGGUCGGCCCGAGUCGCUCUGGGUAACCCGGGUGAUGUCACAGGGACGUCCCUGUAGCCGUCAGGGUCUCUGGUCUCAAGGUCCCUGGGGAUAGGGAGGUUCUGACGGUGCCCCCAGGGGGCUCUGGGCUAGGCUUUGUUUAUUUGUGUGGUCUGCUAAAUAAGCUGAAGUGAGUGGAAGCAGUAUAAGUUGACGCAGGGCGGCAGAAUUGAAUUAGUAUCAGCAUCGGUAUCACAAAGUACGCAUGUGCAAUGUCGACCUCUUGAAGGACUGAAUGUUAUGUUAUCAGAUAUCUCAGGUCCCGCGUCAUGCGUUUCCGUUUGUAUCACAACACACAUUUGUCGGGUGAGACGGCAAGGAAGUUGCCAGCAACUGUUGCCUGAUAAGUAUGAACCUUGAUCCCCUUUCUCUGAGCUUCACCCCGUAUCUAUGACAUACCACCAUAUAGACCACAAAGAACACAAGUUCCGCAAGUUUCAAUUCUUUCCAACGUCGUGCCGCACUCAUUUUUAGAGUGAGCUGGCAUGAAAUGUGAACGUUUCAGGGAGAAGAGCACAGGCCUUCAGGGCCGUAAAAUAUUCUCAAUACUCAAUCACCUCAAGACUGAGGUUACCUGGCCACAAGAAUACAGCACUGCAUGGCCUAACUCUCAAAGUGUGUGUGUGUGUGUGUGUGUGUGUGUGUGUGUGUGUGUGUGUGUGUGUGUGUGUGUGUGUGUGUGUGUGUGUGUGUGUGUGUGUGUGUGUGUGUGUGUGUGUGUGUGUGUGUGUGUGUGUUAUUUCAUUCCUUCGCACCACAUCAAUGAGAAACCACCUCAAACACCUUUUUGUUCUAAUUCAACGUCACUUCCUUCCUGUUUCUUGUCAGGUUCUGCGGUUCCCUUCUAGUGCCAGUUGUCUACCGAGAACACCUUGCGAGGGGUUGCCAAGGCAACCUAGCUGGGGGAUGGGGGAGGGGAGAUGAAGUGGCAGGUGCAGCUCUGUACUUGUUAAGUUCACCUGUAGCCUAGCGAGUAGAGAAUGAGAUGUCGACACACUUGUGUGUUCGCCUGAGGUGACAACAACUCAUCGAGACGUUAUAACGGGGAGAAAGUGAAGACUGAUUUAUUAUGUGUGUUGGAGGGCUCCCUUGGCAGAGUCGUAGAAGUAGUUGAGCAGAGACGUGGAGCAUGAGGAAGUGGUUUCAAGUGACCCGUGCACAUUCCUCCCUUUAGCUGUUGAAGGGAGAGAUAAACCUGUAAGGGUGUAUCUGCCCCCAAACUGGCGGCCAUUGAGAUACCGUAUGCCUCAUGUCAGAGCUACAGUGAAGCCUAAAAGCUGAAAAAGAAAAACAGCUUCCACGGUAUGAGACUACAGAUAGUCUAGGUGGAGCAAAUAGUAGGUUCAGAGUGCGUGGAUGAUGGCUGGUUGAGGCAGCCUCACCUGGACACAGUCAGACUGAUUGGACUCCAGGGCUGCACAGCUGUUGCAAAUUGUGUCAUCAAUGUGCAAACUUUAAACCAGCCGUCAUCGCCACACACGCUCUGAAGGGCUCUUCAGCAUGGCAGCCUUCCCUCCUAUGUAUCCUUAAACUCAACCUCGGCGAAAGACCGGUUCCAACGUCACCGCCCUGGGUCCUUGUUUGGGGAGGGCCACCUAGGUGCCGUCGGGCGUCACCCAGUUGGCGGGCAGCAUAGACAUUGCUACAGGCGGUGUGACUGUUUUUUCAAGAUUUGAUGAAAUUGCACGGGGGCUAUGAGGAGCACAGUCCGGGCAGGGGGAUAAAUGGGGCAGGGGGCCCCACUGCCAUGAUGGACCCUCUGGAGGACCCCGUCCCCGGGGUGGGCACCUACGAGGACUUCAACACCAUCGACUGGGUCCGGGAGAAGAGCAAGGACCGAGACCGCCACAGAGAGAUCACCAGUAAGAGUAAGGAGUCGAUGGGAGCCCUGCUCCACAGGAUCAGCGAUGCCUUCUCGGGGUGGCUGCUGAUGCUGCUGGUGGGACUCAUGUCAGGCGCCCUGGCAGGAGGGAUCGAUAUCUCGGCCCACUGGCUGACGGACAUGAAGGAGGGCGUGUGCCUGAACGGCUUCUGGUUCAACCACGAGCACUGCUGCUGGACCUCCAACGAGCCCACCUUCCAGGAGCGCGACAAGUGCCCCCACUGGAAGAGCUGGGCGGAGCUCAUCGUGGGGACCGGCGAGGGAGGCUUUGCCUACGUGGUGAACUACAUGAUGUUCAUGUUCUGGGCGUUGCUCUUCUCCUUCCUGGCCGUCACCCUGGUCAAGUCCUUCGCCCCCUACGCCUGUGGCUCUGGAAUACCAGAGAUCAAGACCAUCCUGAGCGGCUUCAUCAUCCGCGGCUACCUGGGCAAGUGGACCCUGAUCGUGAAGACCAUCACCCUGGUGCUGGCCGUCUCCUCGGGCCUCAGCCUGGGCAAGGAGGGCCCGCUGGUGCACGUGGCCUGCUGCUGCGCCAACAUCCUCUGCCACCUGUUCACCAAGUACCGCAAGAACGAGGCCAAGAGGAGAGAGGUGCUGUCGGCGGCGGCGGCAGUGGGCGUGUCCGUGGCCUUCGGCGCGCCAAUAGGCGGAGUCCUCUUCAGCCUGGAGGAGGUGAGCUACUACUUCCCGCUGAAGACGCUGUGGCGCUCGUUCUUCGCGGCGCUGGUGGCGGCGUUCACGCUGCGCUCCAUCAACCCCUUCGGGAACAGCCGCCUGGUGCUGUUCUACGUGGAGUUCCACGCGCCCUGGCACCUGCUGGAGCUGGGGCCCUUCAUCCUGCUGGGCAUCUUCGGCGGCCUCUGGGGGGCGCUGUUCAUCAGGGCCAACAUCGCCUGGUGCCGGAGACGUAAAACCACCCUCCUGGGCCACUACCCCAUCGUGGAGGUGCUGGUGGUGGCCGGGGUGACGGCGCUCGUCUCCUUCCCCAACAGCUACACCCGCAUGAGUGGAGCGGAGCUCAUCAAGGAGCUCUUCAACGACUGCUCCCUGCUGGACUCCUCCCAGCUCUGUAGAUACAAGCAGGACACCAACACCACCGCGGGGACCAGUGCGGGCAACGGUCUGGCGGACCGCCCGGCGGACUCUGGUCUCUACACCGCCCUCUGGCAGCUCUCCCUCGCCCUGCUCUUCAAGAUGGGCAUCACCGUGGUCACCUUCGGCAUGAAGGUGCCCUCGGGUCUGUUCAUCCCCAGCAUGGCGGUGGGAGCCAUCGCCGGGCGGCUGCUGGGCGUGGGCAUGGAGCAGCUGGCCUACUACAACCACGACUGGGUCAUCUUCCGGGGCUGGUGCACGCCCGGCGCCGACUGCAUCACGCCGGGCCUCUACGCCAUGGUGGGCGCCGCCGCCUGCCUCGGCGGUGUGACCCGUAUGACGGUGUCCCUGGUGGUCAUCAUGUUCGAGCUGACCGGGGGUCUUGAGUACAUCGUCCCCCUCAUGGCCGCCACCAUGACCAGCAAGUGGGUGGCGGACGCCUUUGGGCGCGAGGGCAUCUACGAGGCCCACAUCCGGCUCAACGGCUACCCCUUCCUGGAGCCCAAGGAGGAGUUUGAGCACAAGAGCCUGGCGGUGGACGUGAUGCGGCCCCGGAGGGCGGACCCCGCCCUGGCCGUGCUCACCCAGGAGGGCAUGACCGUGGAGGAGGCCGAGGCUCUGGUGGCCAGCACCCGCUACAGUGGGUUUCCCGUGGUGGUCUCCCAGGAGUCCCAGCGGCUGGUGGGCUUCGUCCUGCGCAGAGACCUCCUCAUCUCCAUCGACAACGCCCGUCAGCGGCAGGAGGGCGUGGUCUCCUCCUCCCAGGUGCUCUUCACGGAGCACCCCCCGGCGCAGGCGGCGGAGGCCCCGCCCCCGGUGCGUCUGCGCUCCCUCCUGGACCUGAGCCCCUUCACCGUGGCCGACCACACGCCCAUGGACAUCACCGUGGACAUCUUCCGCAAGCUGGGCCUCAGGCAGUGUCUGGUCACGCACAACGGGAGGUUGCUGGGCAUCAUCACUAAGAAAGACAUUCUGAAGCACAUGGCCCAGAUGGCCAACAGAGACCCCGACUCCAUCCUCUUCAACUGAUCUGCGCCUCCUGUUCCUCCUCCAUCAGCUCCUCAUCCUCCUCCUCCUCAAGGGUCUGAGCUGGGUGGUCUUUCUAAGGAGCCGGUUUCUAAGCGGACUCAAAGCAACAAAGAGAUGGACUUUCCACUUUGAAUUUUUUGACAAAUUGGUAAAAUGGACGCAGUCUUUUUCGCUUUUUUUUUGCUAGACGGGAAACUCCCCGAGCUAACCAGGAAGCUGUUUCUCAUUAGUGUGUGUGUGUGUGUGUGUGUGUGUGUGUGUGUGUGUGUGUGUGUGUGUGUGUGUGUGUGUGUGUGUGUGUGUGUGUGUGUGUGUGUGUGUGUGUGUGUGUGUGUGUGUGUGUGUGUGUGUGUGGGGGGACAGCAUGUGGUGUGCUGGUAAUCAUCUGGUCUCCACGACGACGUCAUGUUUGUUUCAUCUGCCGACCAGUGGGACAAUCCAAAGACUGUUUGGAUUACUUUCAGUGGUGAAAGAACGUUUGUCUCUAUAUAUAUAUAUGUGUUUGUCUCUUUUCUGUCUCCCUUUCUUUUUGUCUGUGACUUUUGUCAAAAGGACGUCGGUUUUGACUUGGUUUGAUGGGUGGCCAAUGAAGGAGAAAAGGAAUAUAGAGGGAAGGAGGGGAGAAUAAACAAGGGAAGGAAGAGGGCAACAAAGGUGAACAUGAAGAAGAUACUUCCCAAAGGAGGAGAGGAGGGAGGGAACAUACACUGAGGGAGGAGAGAAGACAAGGAAAUGAGGAGAGGAAACAUAAACUUGGAGGAGGGGGAUUGAAAGGUGUUCUAAAAGGGAGGGCUAGACCUCCAGGCUGCCGUCCAUCCUCCCUCCCUCCCUCCCUCCCUCCC